UAAACUUAGUGUAAAUAAAAACAUUUUGGACAUUUUCGUUGUAAAUAUACGUUAUACCUAGUGCAAAUGAAACACAUUUUGAACAUUUUCGUCUUAAAUAUAGGUUAUAAUAGGUAAUAAUAUACCAAGUGUAAAUAAUAAUAUUUUUGGACAUUUCAAGUUUUAAACACUGAAAAGUUUUUAUAUGCUUAGUGAAAAGUAAUAUUUUGAUAAAAAUGGAAAUAUCGGCAAGGCUGUGUGUAAAAUAUGCAAAGGAACCUAUAGCUAUAAAUAUACCAUAGCUAAUCUGAUAAACAACCUAAAACGUAAGCAUGUGAGUUUAUACCUUUCCCUACCCUCUCAAGUGCGUAAAUCUAAGGCAGAAUCGACUUUGCAACGAAUGCCUGAACCUCAAGCGAGUCACAGUGGUAUCGUAAAACCAAUUGAGGUGCCGUUGCCGUCAGUUGUUACAUCAUUAAAUUUGAAACGAAAAAACGACACACCAUGGACAGUUACGUGCCUAAAAAAAUUUCAAAAGAACAAAAGCAAUUGACUGACCGCGAUGUUUUGGAGUUAUGUAUAGACUCUUUUCACCCCUUAGGAUAGUUGAGGAACGCUCGCUCAAAAAAUUGAUGCGUUGCAUUUUUUUCAUGAAAGUACGCCAGCUACAGAAAAAUUGAACGAACAAAAAAUUUCAAAAGGUAAAACGCCAAAACGUCUAAUACAUACUAUAGAAACCAGGUGGAAUUCCAUAUUUUUUAUGUUAGAAAGAGUUACCGAAUUAAAAGACGAAAUUAAAAUCACGAUGGUUCUUUUGCAUAAUUCUAAUUUUCCAAUCAUAAGUGAGAAAGAGUGGACACUGUUUUAUAAACUGUGCAAAAUUUUAAAACCAUUCGAAGAAAUUGCGGCCUGUAUGAGUGGCGAAAGAUACGUUGCUGCUAGUGAGGUGAUUUAUCUUGACGAGUCGCUACAAAACGGUUUUGAAAAACCGUUUUUUCUUGUUAAAGAAUACAUUACGUUUCGUUUUACCAAAUUCGUGAAACGACCCAGUACUACCAAAAAGCAAUGCAAGAAAUUAUUUCAUUGAGCGAAAUGGAAGCCCAGCUGCUCCAGACGAAGCUGAGAGAAGAACCCACGCAGGGAUGGUCAGACCACUUCACUUCUGGCGGCAGAGGCUGCGGAUCGCAGCCCUGUCCUGUAUGGAGCCCAAGAAGUCACUAAGUGUCUACCUGCGAGACCAGGACGGAGACCUUCCUGAAAAGGACGUCCUGGCGGCCAUAUACGACCAAAAUCCACGCCCCUCAACAGACGCCUCAAGUUUGGCCGUACAGACGCCGCCACCCACAAAACGGCGUCGAGGUCCUGCCCAGCGCGCGGAUUCGCCGAGGAAAGGGCCGUAGCAACUAAGGCUAAGCUCAGGAUUGGACAAUUAAACCCGAAUGGCUCAAUCAGGAAAUUGUAGCAUGUCCAGCAGUGGACGUCUAUCGGCUGAUAAGGUAAGGUACAAAUCGCUUAGUCACCGAUGUUAUCGAUUUAAUUGUUGUACAAAUUGGUUGAGUUUAACGAUAUUUUUAACCAAUUAUAAUUUAUUACAAAGCGCAGUAGUUUAGUGACCAUCAACUGCAAUGGCGAUUAAAAUAUGUUGUUUUUUGUUAACAACGCUACACUUGGCCUCAGGCAGCAACGAUGGCUUAUCGUCGUUUCAACUACUUGCGCGGCUUUCAUUCCCUACUGUGGAAACUAAACCAUACAACAUGCCGAGCACGAAGGAGAUAGAUCCCAAACGUAGCUAUGCCGACGAGAAAUUCGAGAAAUUGAUGGAGUACACGAAUUAUAUGAGCGCGCGAAUAAAGGAGCCACACAAUCCGACUGAGCGUAACCAGAUCUUGGAGUCGUCUCAAAAGAAGCUGUUCGCAUUCAUAGACACCCACAUAAAGGACUUGAAGCGGCUGCUCUUCGAAACAGACAUGGCACUAAUGUCGAUGGUACUGCUAAAACUGAACAAGAAAAUGGAUACUUCGGAGGCGAAGAUAAAAUCGACGCAGGCGAAAAUACCAUUCGGACUGUACACAAGCCCUGAGUUCAAAUGCCUUGGCACAUCGUACUACAUCGCAUCACCACAUAACCAAGAAGACGUACAAAUGAUCCUGUCCAGCGAGAGGAAGCCACAUUGCUACACGUUUAGAGGGGCUUUCGCGUUUAGUGGAUUUUACCACCGACACUCUGAGACCACUUACGUGGGACCCCACGCCGAGCAGUUCCAGGCCAAGGACCCUAGCCAAGGCCUGUAUUGCCACUCAGACGAUAGCUGGAGCGACGCACAGUGCAUUUACAAAAUAAACCCGAGAGAAGAGUUCCCGGAGUCGGUGGAGUACGAACCCAAAGUGUCGUACUGGUGCGGUCCGUACCGGUACUUCAUCCCAGCUACCACAGACGUGAGAUGUAUCUUCUCCAUAUUCUCCAUGAACUUCAUACUACGGUUUGGAUACGACGGCGUUACUUACAAGAGCUCAGACUUGUCAUUUAUGUACCAGAACGGGCAGGUAUUCUACACGGACGAGCCGUGGGCCGGCAUGUCGUGCUGGAACUGGGCCUGCAAGUGGCGCCACAACCAGAACCAGCGCUCCAACGAGUUCUUCGUCAACUAGUGACCAUUAUUAACAUUUAAUAAAAAAAAAUUAAAAAAAAGGCAUUUUUUUUAAUUUAUUCUUAACUAGCGGACGCCCGCGACUUCGUCCGCGUGAAAGUCGUUGUAAACUUUCAACUACCUCUA